GCAGGAAUAAUCGGUAUCACAACUGCUCUGAAGAUACAAGAAAGGGGAGAGUACGAUGUCUCCAUCAUAGCUGAAACGUUUCCCACAGACGAGAAGACUAUCAAGUACACGAGUCAUUGGGCUGGUGCGCAUCACGUCAUGGCAAUCACUGGCGAUCCACAGCAACAGAAAUUGGAGAAGGAAACGUUUGAGAUCAUGUGGGAUCUGUCUCGGCCGGGCGGGGAAGCUGAGGGUUGCUUUCUGCGAGCACCUCAAACAGAGUAUUACAACUUUGACCCCAAUUUUUCGCGCUACGACCUCUCCUUCAUGCCAGACUUUCGCCACUUGUCGCCCGACGAUCGACCGAAUAUCCCCGAUCUCAAGGCGGCAGUCAGCAUGACGGCUAUCAACAUCAAUGUGCCGGUCUAUCUCCCAUACCUGUUCUCGCGUUUCCUGGCGCGAGGUGGUACAGUCGUUCGAGGUACUGUGCAGCACGUCGACCAGGUGCUCGAGGGAGGACUAUCCGCGUUCACACGCAAACGCACGUGUGACGGUUUCAAUGAGGCCUCCAUAGACGCGCUCGUCGUGUGCGCUGGGAUGGGCACGCGGACGCUUGGAGGCGUGGAAGAUCAGAGUGUAUAUCCAGUACGCGGACAGACAGUGUUGCUGCAUGCGCCGUGGGUGAAGGCCGGGAUGUCUCUGGUGCCAUCUUCGGCAGGAUCAGGGACAUACGUGAUUCCGAGGAGGAACGGUGAUGUUAUUGUUGGUGGAACGAGAGACGCCAAUGAUUGGUAUCCGAUCCCUAGACCAGAGACGACUACUGAUAUACUCCGGCGCGGACUCGCUCUGUGCCCUGAGUUAGCCUCACCUUUGGUGAGAGAAGAACGCGAGCCUUCGAUCGAAGACUUACGAUCGAUCUUGCUGGAGGAGGGCUGUGGGCUGCGUCCCGCACGCAAAGGCGGAAUUCGACUGGAAACUGAAUGGUUCGAAGUGCCAAGAACGAAGGAAUGCAAGAUACCUGUGAUUCAUAACUAUGGGCAUGGAGGCUUUGGGUUCCAGACCUCUUGGGGUUCUGCCUCUGCAGCAUUACAGCUACUUGGAGAGGCGCUC